UUGUUAAAAUGUUAAGAAGACGAAAUGUUAAUAUUAAAACAGUUAAAGAACUGGAUGCAUUUCCAAAAGUUCCUGAACCAUAUAUUGACAAAACUGUAGUUGGAGGAACAUUUUCUAUAUUUACAAUCUGUACUAUUGCAUACCUCAUAAUAGCUGAAACAAGUUACUAUCUUGACAGUAGAUUGCAAUUCAAAUUUGAACCAGACACAGAUAUUGAUGCAAAAUUAAAAAUAAAUAUUGACAUAACUGUUGCUAUGCCAUGUGGUCGUAUUGGUGCUGAUGUUUUAGAUUCUACAAAUCAAAAUAUGAUUAGACAUGAAUCAUUAGAACAAGAAGACACAUGGUGGGAAUUAACACAAGAACAGAGAUCUCACUUUGAAGCUUUGAAACAUAUGAAUUCCUACUUAAGAGAAGAAUAUCAUGCAAUUCAUGAAUUAUUAUGGAAAUCUAAUCAAGUUACUUUAUAUAGCGAAAUGCCAAAACGAACCCAUCAGCCCAGUUAUGCACCAAAUGCAUGCCGUAUCCAUGGUAGUUUAGAUGUUAACAAGGUUGCUGGAAAUUUUCAUAUAACAGCUGGAAAGUCAUUAUCCAUUCCCAGAGGACAUAUACAUAUUUCAGCUUUUAUGACUGACAGAGACUAUAAUUUUACUCACAGGAUAAAUAAGUUUUCAUUUGGUGGGCCUAGUCCAGGUAUUGUUCAUCCAUUAGAAGGGGAUGAAAAAAUAGCUGAUAAUAAUAUGAUUUUAUAUCAGUAUUUUGUGGAAGUAGUUCCCACAGACAUUCAGACUUUACUAAGUAAUUCCAAAACUUAUCAGUAUAGUGUAAAAGAUCAUCAAAGACCCAUUGAUCAUCAAAAAGGAUCUCAUGGGAGUCCUGGGAUCUUUUUUAAAUAUGAUAUGAGUGCACUUAAGAUAAAAGUUACUCAACAACGCGACACAGUUUGUCAAUUUUUAGUAAAAUUAUGUGCCACAGUUGGAGGUAUUUUUGUUACAGGUGGACUGGUAAAAAAUAUUGUUCAGAGUUUUUGGUUCCUUGUGUGCUGCAAAUUUUUAACACCCAAAGAAAGCAAAAAUGACCAAAUAUAUGUUAUUCCACCCAUUAACACAGACUAUCAAGUGCCUGAAACAGUAAAUUUAUUGAAUGUUUCGGUACCAAAAAAUUUGGACAUUAUGUUUAAACCUCAAUAG